UUCAAGAUGGCGGCCUCCGCGUUCACAGYUUUUUCAGCUUUCACUGAAAAAUCUUCAAAUAAUCAAGAAAAUUGGCAGGAUGCUAAUACUGCUUUACAGGAUCUUGAUAAAGGUUUGAGGAGUGGCAAGGCUGGAGAACAGUGUGAUUCGAUUGUCAGGUUCCCUAACUUGUUUGAGAAGUUUCCUUUUCCAAUUCUAAUUAAUGCUGCAUUCUUGAAACUUGCUGAAGUCUUCAGAACUGGGAGCAACUUUCUUCGUCUCUGUAUCUUCAAAGUAGCUCAAAGAAGUGAGAAACACCUGGACAAAAUUCUGAAUGUGGAUGAAUUCUUGAGGAGAAUAUAUUCUGUGAUACACUCCAAUGAUCCUGUAGCUAGRGCCAUCACUAUCAGGCUUCUUGGGAGUAUUGCACCAAUCAUAGCUGAAAGAAAGAAUGCACAUCACAGUAUUCGAACAGGACUGCACUCACAUGACCAAGUUGAACUGGAAGCUGCAAUCUUCGCAACAGGAAAGUUUUGUGCACAGUCGAGUGAAUUUGCAUCAGGAGUCAUCAACAAGCUUGCUUUGAUGAUAGAAGGUCUAACUACACCUGUUGAGAUGAAGCUAAAACUGGUACCUAUCUUUGGUCAUAUGCUCCAUGAUAUACAACUUGCUUCUAAGGCAAGAGGCGUAUGCUUGAAGCUUCUUGAAUCUCAUCCAUCUUGUAAGUUUGUCCUGGUGACUCUCCACACCUUGUCCAGUCUUGCGGCAGCUAGUGUCAGCAACAUAACUGAACAGGUUGAGCUGCUCUUGUCUUACUUAAAGAAUGAUCCUCGCAAGAUUAUYAAGUAUCAAGCUCUGUCAGAUCUGAAGAUGUUGGCUGACGAAGCCCCGCAUAUGUGGCAAACCAAACAUGUCAAGGAGCUGUGUAAUUUUCUACUUGAAUGCAGCUACGAUGAACUGAAGUUAAAUGGGUUAAGAAUAUUAGUAACAUUAUCUACAACCAUUGCCGUGGACCAAUUUAACAUGGACCUUGUACUCCAGGUGUGUGAUCAAGAGUGCAGUUCUCCCAACAUGUCUGUGUCUGCCGUCAGCUGUCAGCUGUUGGUACAUAUUGCUGUGGCCAAGUUCAAAAAAGAUUAUGCUGAUGUUGGUCUGUGUGCCCAAGCAGCUCUUGCCRUGGAAGCCACUUCUAUCAUUUGUUGCUCUGAUGACCAGAUUCAACCUCUGAAGGUUUGCCUAUCAUCAAUGAAUCAUCUGAUCAGUUCACAUCCUGACUCAUCUUCACAGUUGGUUGACAGCCUCGUAGCAUUACUUCCCACUGUCCAAGAAUCUGUUGCCUUGGAGAUGUGUCAUGCAUUGGUUACCAUGGCGACACAAGUACCAUCUGUCCUUGCGCACCUGAGGUCAGAGAUUGUCACAUUCUUUAAGUCAAUGGUAACGCAGGACAAUAGUCUAUCUUUAGACAAAGAGCAAAGAGAAACAAGUGACACUCUACUGGUAGCCAUGGCUACUCUUAUAUUUCAGUCCCACCAGUGUUUCUCCGUUGAUGAGAGUUUGGAAAAGUUACAAAGUGAAGUAGAGGAGCUAGUCCUGGAAGAAACCAGCAAAAUGAUAUUAUCAUCCAGACAUUGGGUCAUGUACAGGAUUGCACGACAAGCUACCAGACAGGGAUUCCACCAACUUGCUGCCAAGAUAUUUGGUUCCUUAUCAUCAAAGGUUGCAUCAGAACAUUUUUACUUUUGGUUAAAUGCCCUCAAAUGUUUUUGUGAAGCUGAGAGUCUGUYAAACAAACUGUGCAGUACCCAGCUAUUGCUUGCAGAGAACAUCACUAAGGCAUGUAGCCAGUAUAAUAUGGGACUCAUUGCACUCAAGGCAGCAGUGACCCCCUCCCAUGAACUGACAUUCCAGAUCACAUAUUCCAAGCUAAGGUCUGACCUGCUCCAAGCACACAGUUUAUUACUUGCGGCAUGUGCAAGCAUGAAGUCCUGCCCACCACCAGCCAUAGCAACAGCUGUUGCMAUGACAACUGGACAGGAUGUGCACACUUUAAGUCACUUUGCAGCUCAGAUUGCAGAAUGCAGUAAAUUGUUUCGUCAGUUGGGAGAAAAGUACAGCAGGUUGUACCAGUCGUCUUUUGAUGCUGACCCUGUGAGUCUGCARAAUGUCGAGACUCUUCAGCAGAGCUGUUUUCUGGUGUCUCAUUGUAUAGAUCUUUUCACCAAAACAACACRAGAAAGUUAUUUUGAGGUUGAGAGCUCCAAGAAUACCAAGAGUAUAAGUUCUGCUCUCUCUAAAGCCUGUACUCAGAUCUACAAGCACAUUCAGGAAUAUUCAGUGCAGCUAGAAGCUGUUCCCGUUUGCCAUUUGCAAACUGAAUGUCUGUGCAAAACAUCCGUAUCUCUUCUGCGUGUUCCUUAUAUUUUCCCAAAAUACUUUUUCCAAAGUCGACAACACACAGUUAUCAAGUUGGCGUUAUCUCCAACACCACGUUCUCCCACGGAACCUAUCUUUGUUGCCAUGGAGACGCAGUUUGUUCUGAAAGUUGAGGGUGUCAUUGAACACGCUGGUAUUAAACCAGGCCUCUAUCGAUCAAUCAAUGCCGUGAGAUUGAAUGUUACCUGGAAACAAGAAGAGCGAAAACAAAACCAAGGAUCCCAGGACCUGAAGGGCCCACGUGAUUCCAUUACAAGUCUAGAGCAGACCGUUACACCUCAUCAUGACUAUUUUAGUGCUCAGUUCCUUCUCUCCUUCAUUACACCAGCUUCUUACGUURUCAUGGUGAAUACGAGUCUGAUUGACGACACAGGUGCAUACUGGGAUACUGGUCCCCAGAAGACUUUGUUUGUGAAGGCCAGUGAAGCACCCAACAGAAUGAGAGCAGGUUCUUCGAGAAACUAGAUAGGUUAUUUUAUAAUAGACUGCUAUCAGGCUAUUUGGGAUAUAACGGACAAAAAGAAAAAAAGCAACGGAGAAAGGGAAGAAAAGACGAGGAAAGAAACAAAAGGRAAAAAAAAUUUCUAGUCAAAUACGAAAAAAGGAAGAGAAAAGAAUUGUAGCGAAAAAUAGAAUAGAAU